AUGUCCCGCGAGGUUAAUCGGCUGAUACAAAGGGCCUUGCAGCCGCAGCAGCCGGCGGUACCUCGACCCAUUAUCCACCGCCGGGCUGUGGUUGAUCGGGAUCACGUCGCUGCACAUCAGCGGCUAUAUGAAGACUACUUCGCUCCGGAGCCGCGGUUCGGGGCCAACCUUUUCAGGCGGCGUUUUAGGAUGCGUAGGGAGCUGUUUAUGCGUAUCGUUGACGCUUUAGAGCGUCGAUACCUGUGUUUCCGGUUCAGGUACGACGCGGCGGGCAGACCCGGCCACACAGCUAUACAAAAGUGCACUGCGGCAAUCAGGCAGUUGGCCGACGGAAGCGCGACAGACAUGUGGGACGAGUACCUCCACAUCGGCAAGACGAUUGCCCUGGAUUUAUCUUCGAAGCCCUACCCCGAAAACUGCCAGGAUCUGAUGCAGAUGCACGAGUAG